CGUCCCCUUUGGAGCGAGAGGCGGGCCUGCGGCCGCAGUUUCUGAGCUCGCGCCGGAGGCGGGACCCGGGAGCUUUCUCGCGAAGCUGGUAGCGGCUUUUUCACGUGGUGUUCUGCUUGAGACCGAGGCAGGUGCGCCACGGGCUCCCCAGCCGAGGCCUGGCUGGGGAGACAGUGAAAGACCCGGCUGGACAGGCCGGACCGGGCUCAACACCGCAGGCUCAGACCCAGCCUUUAAGGGGAGAGGCCUGAGAGAAGAGCCCAGAGCGGGGCUGGGGCUGCAGUGAAGCGACGCUGACGCUCAGAGAACUGCUGGGAGGCGGUGGCGCGAGGUGGGACCCAAAUGCUGGAGGAAAGAGAGCCACCUUCUCCAGAUCCUGCCCUUCCCCAAGAGGAAGGCACAGAAGAGGAAGGAAUGGCAGGUGGUCUGCUCACAGCUGGGUCCCAAGGAUCCACACCUUUCAGCAGUGUGACUGUAGCUUUUACCCAGAAGGGAUGGAGGCAGUUGGCCCCUACUCCGAGGGACAGGUUCAAGGAAGGGAUGCCAGAAAAGUCCAGAAACCUGGUCCUACUGGGACUUCCAGUCUCCCAGCCUGGUAUGAACUCCCAGUUGGAACAAAGGGAAGGUUCAUGGAUGCUGGAGAGAGAAGGCCUCAGGAGUACCUGUCCAGAUUGGAAGAUUGUAUCUGAAUCACCACCUGAACAAGACAUUUCUGAAGAAUCAUUCCAAGACCCAAGUGUAGAGAUGCCCUCUGGGGAGUCAGAUCACAGGAACAGUGAACUGGGGAAGAGCUUCAAUCUGAGACCAGUUCUUUCUCCACAGCAGAGAGUUCCUACAGAAGUGAGACCCCGUAAAUGUGAAACACACACAGAGAGUUUCAGGAAGAAUUCAGAUAUAAUUAAACCUCACAGAGUGAAGCCGUACAUAUGUAAUGAAUGUGGCAAAGCCUUCAGUUACUGUUCUUCCCUUUCUCAGCACCAGAAGAGCCACACUGGGGAGAAGCCAUAUGAGUGCAAUGAAUGCAGGAAGGCCUUCAGCCAGAGCUCAUCUCUUAUUCAGCACCAGAGGAUUCACACCGGAGAGAAACCUUAUAAAUGCAGUGAAUGUGGAAGAGCCUUCAGCCAGAAUGCAAACCUUACAAAACACCAGCGAACUCAUACUGGAGAAAAGCCCUACAAAUGUAGUGAGUGUGAGAAAGCCUUCAGUGACUGUUCAGCCCUUGUUCAGCAUCAGAGAAUUCACACUGGAGAGAAGCCUUACGAAUGCAGCGACUGUGGGAAGGCCUUCCGCCACAGUGCAAAUCUUACAAACCACCAGAGGACUCAUACAGGGGAGAAGCCCUACAAGUGCAGCGAAUGCGGGAAGGCCUUCAGCUACUGUGCAGCAUUUAUUCAGCACCAGAGAAUCCAUACAGGGGAGAAACCCUACAAAUGUAAUGCAUGUGGGAAGGCCUUCAGCCAGAGUGCAAACCUCACAAACCACCAGAGGACUCACACUGGAGAGAAACCCUACAAGUGCAGUGAGUGCGGGAAGGCCUUCAGCCAAAGCACAAACCUUAUAAUCCACCAAAAGACCCACACUGGGGAGAAGCCUUAUAAAUGUAAUGAAUGUGGGAAAUUCUUCAGUGAGAGCUCAGCCCUUAUUCGACAUCAUAUAAUUCACACAGGAGAAAAACCCUAUGAGUGCAAUGAGUGUGGAAAGGCAUUUAACCAGAGCUCAUCCCUUAGUCAGCAUCAGAAAAUUCACACUGGUGUGAAACCUUACGAAUGUAGUGAGUGUGGGAAGGCCUUCAGGUGUAGUUCAGCUUUCAUUAGACAUCAGAGACUCCAUGCUGGAGAGUAACUGGGAACAUAACCAAAGUGGAUGGGGACCUGACAGGUAAUUUGAAGGCAUCUGGGGACAUCUGACUUUAAGUCUAGCCCAGAGCCAUAUGCAAAAGCACCUUUAAUAAAUAGUCAUUAUUUUACAUGUUGCAUCUG